AUGUCCACAAGUGGCAUAGUCCGACGUCUUGAUGAGGGGAUGUUUACCGUAUAUCCGUACCAUUCAGGUUGGAUCGUCGCACCGAUUUUACUGCUGCUUUCAGCGGCGUUUGUACCCGUUGGUGUCCUUAUCAUAAAGGAGAGCGACUCUCUUCUUGAAGUUAGCGUGAGUUACGGGGGAGUAAAUAAGUAUACAUAUCGCGUUGAUGCUGAGGAUAAGUAUCCACAUAAAUUCUCCUUCAACGGCUCAAAUUACUCCACGGGCGCAACGACGGCAAUAUCAUUUAAAAUAAAUGAAACCGUUCGUCAGCCUGUAUACAUGCAAUACCGUGUGACUGGGUUUUUUCAAAAUUAUCGGAGAUACAGGUCCUCACAGGACUAUAACCAGCUGCUGUACAACCCUCGCUCAGUUUCUCAGGACUGCGAGCCGUUCAGGUAUCCUGGCGAGGUGCACAAGGCUGCUGAAACAGGCAAUGUGUACUUUCCGUGUGGGUCAAUAGCGUGGAGCCUAUUUAAUGACUCGUUUAAGCUGUACAAGGGGAAUGCCACGAGCACACUCAACGAUUCUGAACUAAUUUGCGAUGGAUCUGCAUUUGAUGCUGAUGGCAAGAGUUCGGUGGGCCAUUCUUGCAGGAAAAACGGCAUCGCCUCAAACGGUGACAUUAAACUGUUUCGUAGCGCGAAAGAACCCGAAGAUGAGGGUAUUUGGUCGAGUAAAGGCAAAAGUUCCUCUGAUGAUCCUUACAGGAAAGAAGGAUAUUACUACGGCGAGCCUGGGCAUCGAAUACCCUCCGUAAGAGAUGAAGAUUUCAUAGUCUGGGCGUCGCUGGGCUAUACGUCAGAGGUGACAAAGAUGUAUCGCAUCAUCGAAAAGGACUUGGAGCAGGGUGACUACAGAGUAGAAAUCGUGGAAAAUUUUGACGUUUACUCGUUCAAAGGGGAGAAAUACGUGGUUCUGACAACGCGAUCGUGGUUCGGAGAGAAGAAUCAUGAAAUGGGCAUCACAUUUCUUGUUGUGGGAUGCAUCUCGUUUGUUCUUGGCUUAGGUGUUAUCAUCCAGCAAUGGGUUCUUUAG